GAAACUGAAACUGAAACUGGACUUCUCUAUCUGAACAUGAAAUAUCAGCACCUUAUGCUGAUAAAUUUAGGGUGAAAUUGAAUUUUCCGGGCACUGAAAAUCGCAACUAUUAUUAUAGAUCGCGAAUCUAACUCAUUGGACUAUUGGAACCGCGUUAUCUUGACAGCAACGUUACCGAGAAGUUUCUCGUUUCGCGAAAGUUGACUAUGUUUUCAGUAUAAUGAGCACCGCAGAACCGUUCGCAGGGUGGCUUUACAAAUGGACCAAUCUUAUUAAAGGCUAUAAAAAACGUUGGUUUUUAAUACAGGAUAAUUUACUCAGCUACUACAGAGAACCGGAUGCAGUCGGGAGACAUUGUCGUGGGACUUUCGACUUGACAAAUGCCCAUCUGAGUGUUCAAGACUCUGGAUGUUCUUUUAUUUUGACGGAGAGCUCUGGAAGAAAGCAUCACUUCAAGGCCUUGUCCGACGAAGAUAAGGAGAAUUGGAUUACUGCCCUUACAGACCUUAUUUCAAGAUCUCAGGUUACCCAUACUGAAAUUGAAUCAGAUUACUCAUCAUUUAACAUACUUCGACCAGACAAAGAGAACGGUUGUAAGCGAGAUUCUUUCAGAUUUACUCCUAAAUGUCGACCAAAGUUGGAUAUUAAAACAACCAGUCUCUCAGUUCUACCUCAACCGCUUGCUAACCAGGCAAUAUUACUGAAUAACUGUCAAUGUGCUAGCCAGUCGUGUUCACAUGACGGUUUAUGUAAUUCAACUUUUAAUGAGAAGUUCCGAAGAAUAAAGAUCAAGCACGAUUUAUCGAAAUCGGACUGUAGGUGUGUGUCAGAUGCUCUAAUAUCAAAUUCAUAUUCUCUUCCUGUGUCUGAACAAAAUGUUGCUACCAAUGACCUCAAGAUGAAAAGUGAUACAGGAAGACGUUUGUCCCGUCAAUAUGUCUUUUCAAUUGAAGACAGCAACCGUUUAGAAGUCAUAGAGGCUUUGAGGAGACGCCUGCAUGAUCACAUUAGUAACAUUUGUUCUCAAGUCAGUAAUAUCGAAUCAAUGCUUACAUCAGUUUCAACUGAAUUAUCCAGUUUGCUGCUUCAGUCACGUUCAUUCCCAUUGAAUUCAGAUGAUCGCUUUUCUGCCUCAGACCUAGAAAGACGAACUACUUCUCUUAAACUUGCCUUGCUUGAACAUCGUAACGACGCAAAAGAAUUUUACGAGGCGUCUACUGAAGCGUUGCAUUUCUUAACUGGAACUUAUGCUCGAUUCAAUCGACAACUUGUUUUAGAACAAGAACGUUGUAUAACAUUGGAGAGAACCGUUGAACAGUUGGCUAAAGAAUUACGUAGUUUGGAAAUGCAGUUAAAAUAUCAUAUUCCUAUGAUUGUUGAAGACAAAAAUAUAAAUCCAAUCCAUUUUGAAGAAACCAAGCAAACUGUAAAACAGUCAGUAGAAAAAACACUUAGUGAAGAAAACAGUGAUGAAUUUUAUGACGCCAUGUCUAAUUUGGAUAUGACUGAACAACGACAUAAUGAUUCACUUGUUUCGACAAAUAAUCAACCUAUGGUACAAAUGCCUAGAACAUUAAAUUAUAACUCAUCAUCAUUGCCUAAUAGUGAUAUAACUCGGGUAUCAUCAGCAAGCUUAAGAAGUUUAGUGAAUGUUGAAGAAACAUCAGUUUCAGGCAGUGAUUUAGAACUACCGAAUGGUUACACCAACAGAACUAAUGUUUUUACAUCUAUGUCGUCUGAUGGAUAUCCAAACACGUAUAACAAAAAUUCUACUACUGACCAGCAUAAUAACACAUUGAAAUAUGGACAAGUUCGUAAACGUCGAAAUGCCAUACCUGUUUCACCAAAAAUUGCGUUAAAUUUAUGGGGUAUAAUUAAAAAUGCUAUCGGUAAAGAUCUUGCGAAAAUUCCCAUUCCUGUAAAUUUUAACGAACCUUUGUCAUUCCUUCAACGAGCUGUUGAGGAUUUCACAUAUUCCCAUCUAUUAGAUUAUGCUUCACAGACAAGAGAUCCAGUGGAACAAAUGGCUUAUGUUGUAGCAUUUUCAGUUAGUUGUUAUAGUUCAACUGCUUAUCGUGUAGGAAAACCAUUUAAUUCAUUGCUCGGCGAAACUUAUGAAUGUGAUCGUACAGAUGAUAUGGGUUGGCGUUGUAUUUCAGAACAGGUUAGUCAUCAUCCACCUGGUUGCAGUCAGUAUUGUGAAUCAUUACGACAUAAAUGGAAAGUUUGGCAAGAUUAUUUUUUGUCAACAAAAUUUCGUGGCAAAUAUUUAUCUAUCAGUCCUAAAGGUACCAUUAAUCUACAAUUCACUGAUGGAUCACAUUAUACUUGGACAAAAGUAACAACAGUUGUUCAUAAUUUAAUUGUUGGUACUAUAUGGAUUGAUAAUUAUGGUGAUGUAACAAUAGAAAAUCAUAAAACUGGUUAUUCAUGUAACUUGCAGUUUAUCGCUCAUUCUUAUUUUAAUAGAGGACAGUCAAGAAGAGUAUGUCAUCGUAUUUGGUUAUAUAUAUAUAUAUUCUCGUCAUACCUCUUGUUUAGAAGAAAGAUCUUAUGCAGAGUAUCCUAGGGUUCACUCUCACUACAUAGCACUUUUCAUUUGUCCUGUCCUUUAUUUACGAUAAGGUGAAGUCUUUAUUAUGUAAAGACUUUAUUGUGUAUUCGUAUGAAAGUGAAAUAUAUUUAUGUCGGUAACAUAUACAAAGAAUUUAUGAAGAAAAAAAUUGAAUGUAUGUGUAAUGCUGCUAAAUAUACCAUAUUAUUGUGAAAAAAAAUAUUUUCAAAAUGGGGUUUGUGGAGAUUGUGGUGAUUUUAAUAGUUUAAUUCAUGAGUCGAUCCAAGUUAGACCACCAUUAAAAAGCUGAUAGCACUGGACAGUUAUUUCACUCUAGUAAACUACUCAAUAGUGCACUCCCACGAUCUCACACACGGACUCGAACUCAGGACCUUCAGUCUCGUGCAUGACCGCUCAACUUCUAGACCACUGAACCGGCAUCUGAUGAUGUUAAUAUCUAACUUUGAUCUAUCCAUGACGUCGUACAACCCUUCAACCAUUGUUAGUUUUUAUUCUCUUAACUUUAUUGUGGUACUUUUAAAAUUAUUACUUAUUGGAUAACAUAUAUUUUUCGGUAAGUAAACGUUAUCACAUCACAAUUGCUAGAAAUAAGCAUAGUCUACUAAAAAAAAUAUAUAAAAUAGUUUGGAAUUUUUUAUUGUAAUGUAUAACGUCAAAGCUUAAACUAAAUAAAUAUAUUGUUAAAUAAUACUUUAAAAAAGAAUUCACAAUGGGUUCGUUUGAAACUGUAAUCAUCAUUUGACUUUGAUCUAUGUAUGAACUUUGAAUGAUAUAUGGAAAUCUAUAACAAGAUAUACAUGGGCGUUCUUAUUAUUUACAACUGUAAACCUACAAAGUCCAGCGUAUCUGCUUACCAUUAAUUUGUUCGAUAAAACAAAGACAAAUUGUUUGAAUCAAUAGAAUUGGGAGGUUUUUUUGUACAAUAAUUUUAAUAUUGGACAUUGUUAAAGAUUCCUGAGUUCUCUUUAAAUUGAGUUUUCUUCUUGAUUAUGUUUUCCCUUCACUAAAAAAACCAAAAAAAAUUAGAUUACAGGUUUUGUGAAAAAUUCAACUGGUUUACCAGUUGCUGUAAUUCAAGGAACGUGGGAUAGUUAUUUAGAAUAUCAACGUUUAUCAAUCGAUAAAGUACCUGUCGGUGAGCCGGUAUUAGUAUGGAAACCUGAUCCAUUACCUCUAAAUGCUGCUGAUAUGUAUCACUUUUCUCGAUUUGCUAUUGAAUUAAAUGAAAUGGAAGAUGGUGUUGCACCGACUGACUCAAGACGUAGACCUGAUCAACGUCUUAUGGAACAAGGAUUGUGGGAUCAAGCAAAUGAAGAAAAAAGACGCCUUGAAGCGAAACAAAGAAAUAAACGACAUGCAUGGGAGAAAGCAGUUAGAGAAGGUCAAACAGAUGAACCACUAUUCACGCCAGUUUGGUUUUCACCAAAACAAGAUGUCAAUGGUAAUCUAUAUCAUGAAUAUUUAGGAAACUAUUGGGAAUCAAAAGAACGACAAGAUUGGUUAAAAUGUCCAGAUAUUUAUUAAAAAGGUUUUUUUUCUAGAUAUUAUUUUCAAUUAUUCUUGUAGAAAGAGUGAUAGAUUAUUUCAGUACAAAACAUUGUUUCUGUGCAUCGAUGAAAACUGUUUUGACUGUCUUUCCUGUUCAUCUUCUUAGUUAGUGUUUUUGAAUCCUAUUAAACAAUUUUAAAACAUCUCUGUUUGUUUAUAGAUUAUUAUUAUUAUAUCCUUAAAAGAGAAAGAAAAGUAGUAAAUCAGAUCGGUAGUUGUAAUUCUUGUUAUUAAUAUUCAGAAAAUAGUCCUCAUUCACAUCAACUUUCUCUGUUUCUGUUCCGUUUUGACAUUUUCCUUAUCGACUUAUUUUCUUACUUCUCCCUCAUUUUGUUUUGUUUUGUUAGGCUAUUGUCAUCUCUUCAUUUCUUUAUCUAUCUGUCUGUAUAACUGGUCGAAUUCUCUACGUGGGGCUUUCACUAACUUCCUUGAUCAUCAGCAUAUUUUCGUGUUUCUUAUUGAGCUACUUAUUUAUUGUAAUAAGUAGUACAUAAUGUGUAUAAGUGCAUUAUUGUGUACUUUAUUGUAGAUAAAUGCGUAUGUCACUUGGAUUAUUCCAUUUUUUAAACCUCCUCAGCUACUCAACUUUUAUCGUAGUAAUAUUAUUUUUAUUAUAUAAAAGGUAUGCUUAACAGUUGCCAUAUGGGACUUCGUCGAAAGUCUUAAAGCCUAAUGGUGAUGAUAAUCUUUAGGAUGAACCAUGGAUGAUAUAAUAAUGAUCACAUUUUUAUUUUCACAUGACUUUUGUCUUUUUUCAUAGGCGAUAAUGUCAACAAGUAUCAGCUACUGUUCAUUUUACUUGAAACCAUUACUGUUAGGCAGAAUAAAUUGUUCACUGUGAUGAUGAUGAUGAUAAUGACACUGAUUGUUUACUUUUUCUUGUUUAAUUUCGCUAAUUUAUAAAUACAUAUGCUCUAGUUUAUGUCAUUUUCCCCACUUAGUUGACCAAGAUAGUUUUGGUGUUGUUUUUCCUUUAUUUUAUCAAGUGGUUUUUUUAACCUUUCUCUUCGUAUUUGUUAUUUUACACUUCAGCGCUGUUUUCAACUUUUUACUGCCUUAUUUUUAUUGCACCUAUUGUGUAUUGUAUUCGUCUCAUAUGAUCAAUUGUUAAUUUCACUGGUCACCAAUAUGUUGUUUUAAUGAUUUGUGCAAAUAUAUGUAUUCAAUCUUAUAAAAUCGAUAUAUUUACUGUUUCCUGAAACUCUUCUGUACAAUAAAAAGUUGACAAAGGGAAAUUGGAGAUAUUUACAAGUUUGUUUUCAAAUAUAAGUUACAUAGAUAAUUUAGUUGCUAACUUAAUGUUGUUUAAAUGCAAUUUGUAUUUGUCAUUUAGUUCUCUCUUUUAUUUCUUCGUUAUCAACACUAAAUUGUUCAUUCUCUCAAUUAACUGUCACAACCAAAUUUGCUCAUUUACACAUGUAAAGAUAUAUAUUUGGAGUAGAAAUGUAAUUUGAAGGUGAAAAUGUCUUCACUUUUUUUAUUAUAAAAAUAUACUUAGAUAUUCUAAUUGUAAUUUAUGACUAACCAAUUAUUCGACCUGACUUUAUUUGACUUGUAUUGUGCAUAAUUUAUAUAUUUUCUGCUUCUUACUUCGGUUAUUUUUUCCCUUUUAGUUUGUUUUUAUUGUUUGAACCACCUGAUUGCCAAGAUUGAGUUCAGUUUAUAUUGUGUUUUUUUUUCUACAAAAAAAAUUGUUUUUUUUAUUAUUCUGAUAAAAGGAAUCAGAAUUAUUUGAAUACG